UUAUUAUUUCUCCUUUCUGUCACUGAUUUUCUUCUCUUUGACAAAAGCAAACAAGAAUCAGCCAUCAGUGAACAACGAAGAGAAAAAGAAGUAUUUGUUUCUGGACAGACAGCAGAUCUUUGUGAUUCUCGUGGUUAUUAAUUUUUGCAAGUCAUUCAGAAAGUGAAAGUAAUGUUGAGAUUGCUGGAGCUCAAACAGUGAGAAUGGCUUCAUUAUCUGUAGAAGAGCUUUCUUGUCCCGUGUGCUGUGACAUCUAUAAGGUUCCUGUUAUUUUAUCAUGUAGUCACAGUGUCUGUAAAGAGUGUCUUCAACAAUUCUGGAGAAGCAAGAAAACUCAGGAGUGUCCUGUCUGCAGGAGAAGAUUCUCAAAAGACAGUCCUCCAUUUAAUCUUGCAUUACAAAACUUGUGUGAGUCGUUCCUGAAGGAGACAAAUGAGAGGCGUUCAUCAGGAUCUGAGGAGAUCUGCAGUUUACACAGUGAGAAACUCAAACUCUUCUGUCUGGAGGACAAACAGCCUGCGUGUGUCAUGUGCUUUACUUCAGAACAACACGACAAUCACAAAUUCAGACCAAUAAGAGAAGUGGUUUCAUCAUAUAAGGAGGAGCUCAAUACAGCACUGAAGUCCUUACAGGAGAAACUUAAAAAGAGAGAAAACGUGAAAGAAGAGUUUGAGAAAACAGUUCAACACAUCAAGUCUCAAGCUGAGCACACAGAGCGUCAGAUUAAACAGCAGUUUGAGAAGCUUCAUCAGUUUCUCAGAGAUGAAGAAGAAGCUACAAUCACUGCACUGAGAGAGGAAGAGGAGCAGAAGAAGCAGAUGAUGAAGGAGAAGCUGGAGGAGAUGAACAGACACAUCUCAGCUCUUUCACACACAAUCAAAGACGCGGAGGAGAUGAUGAAAGCCAAUGACGUCUGCUUUCUAAAGGAGUUUCCAGUCACGAUGGAAAGAGUCCAGAUCUCACAGCCGGAUCCACAGACGCCUUCUGGAGCUUUGAUUCAUGUGCCACGAUACUUGGGCAACCUGCCCUUCAGAGUCUGGAAGAAGAUGCAGGGCAUCGUCCAAAACACUCCUGUGAUUCUGGAUCCAAACACUGCUCAUCCACGUCUCGUUCUGUCUGAUGAUCUGACCAGUGUGAGAUUCAGCGAGAACAAACAACUGCUUCCUGAUAAUCCAGAGAGAUUCAACUAUUAUCUCUGUGUUCUGGGUUCAGAGGGUUUUAACUCAGGAACACGCUGCUGGGAUGUGGAGGUUAAAAAGAGUCAAUGGUGGAGUCUUGGAGUAACUACAGCAUCAAACCAAAGGAAGGGAGGUGUUUUCUUUAACACUGAUGUCUGGAGUGUGGUGUACAGAUGGUCUGAACAGCUUGGUUUUCCUGUUAAACAGGAUCUUGAGCGUGUGAGAGUGUAUCUGGACUAUGACAGAGGAACGGUGUCAUUCUCUGAUCCUGUAACUAACACACAUCUACACACAUUCACAACCACCUUCACUGACACACUCUUUCCUUUCUUCUGUACUCUUGACUCUCUGAAGAUCUUACCGUUCAAUAGUCAGUAAACGUUACUCCUGUAGUUCUGGAUCAACCUGAUUUCAUCUUUUACAUUCAUUAUGUUUCCAAUAUUUAAUCCAUAUCACAAUUUCAAUAUUUGUUCAUCAUGAGACUAAAUGAAUAAUUGUUUAUUUCAGUUAUAUAUGUGAAAUCACAAUUAUUUCAUUGACGUAAAUGAUGUAAUCCACAUGGAAUACUGAAUAUAUGUCGGGCUCCUUGACGUCGGCGUAGAAUUGAAUGAAAUAUAAAUACUAUGAAAAUACUUCAUUAAAGUUGUUUACAAAUCUGAUUCUCAGAACAAAGUCUCUGUGACUCACUGAAAACUCUUUAAAAGUUUGUCUCAGUUUCAGAACCAGAACAAUGAUUUUUUUUUUUUACAUUAAAAACUGUGAUUAUAUGAUUUUAGUAAUGAAAGGUUAAAUGUUUGUGCAUGAUAUCUAGUUUGUAAGUCAUGGAAAUGCAUUGAUCUAAAAGUGUGAAUCCUGAAUUUUGUUUAUUUAUGUUUCCCCAAUGAAUGAAUAAAUGAA